CAGAUGGCCAUAGCUGACCGACAUGACAACCCCCACAUGCCAUAGACUGAAGGAGAGACAGUUUCCCUAUGAAGAGUGUGUGUUGCAGUGAGAGAGCAAGUGCGUAGACGGUUUUUCGUGAGUGUAUGUAUGUUUGUGGAAUUGAUGAAUGUCACCUUAAGUGUGAUUGGAUGUGUUUAUAUUAGGGGGUGCACGAGAAAAGUGUGAAUCUACUUGUGUGCAGUGUGUAUGCUACUGUUAUUUAUUUGUGUGUGUAGUGUGAGAAUGUCACUGUGAAGUGUUUGUGGGAAAGAUACAAGUCGAAAGUGUUGUACGCAAGUGCAUGUAUGUACGUGGAAUAGGAGAAAGUAAAGUUGACAUUGGUGCGAGUGAGUGUGUGAGCGCAGCGCAGGGUUAGUUAGCAAAGGUCGACGUGCCACCAGGGUCAAAGGUCAUCCGUCGAAGAUGCUCCAGCCGCAGCUCCAGCUGUGCAAGGUCACCAACGCGCUGUUCAUCAGCAAUGCACGCUCGGCCUGCACUGACGACCUCAUCCAGCAGGAGGCAGUGACGCUGUGCAUCAACGUGUCCAAGCAGCAGCCCUUCCCCGAGUCGUCACGCAUCGCUGCGCUGCGUGUGCCCGUCUACGACGACCCCACUGAGGACCUUUACCGCUACUUCGAUAGCUGUGCAGACGCUAUCCGGGACGAGGCAUCCAAGGGAGGCCACACCGUCGUCUAUUGCAAGAAUGGCCGCAGCCGCUCGGCCACCAUCUGCGUGGCCUACCUCAUGAAAUACCGCAAGCUCUCAUUGGCGGAGGCGUUUACGAAAGUGAGGACUUCACGCUCAGUGGUGGACCCCAACUCGGGAUUCUGGGCCCAGCUGGAAAGAUAUGAGCAAGAGCUGAAAAAGAGGCGGGGGGAGGUGGACAACGCCCCAACCUAACGUUGUGCCAAUGCCUCGCCCUCUAGGACCCUGCAGCUCUCCACCGUAAACCAACAGUCCUGAAACUCUUUGGGCCAAUUUCCCGGACACAGAUUAAGCCUAAUCCUAGAUUAAAAACCGUGGUCAAUAGAGCAUCUCCAUUUUAAAUCCAGCACUAGGUUUAAUGAUACAUGCGUUUUACAUAGCAUUUUUAAAGGACAUCUGUGUCUGGGAAACUAGCAUUGUAUCUAAAAAGGUGGACGAGCCUCCGGUCUAGAGGAGCCCCCACCUCUGGAGUUGGUAGAAGUUGCCCCUAUAAUCGCUGGGCCAGGGUCCGAUAUUGUCCAUCCUCCUAAUGGUUGUUAUGAUUUUGGGUUGGGUAAUCUGAUCCUAGAUCUGUGGUAGGCUAGGGGCUACUUCUACAUCGAACUCCACCCUGUGUGACCCUGGCCCUCUCUACCCCUUAGAGAACCAAAGAGAAGCGCUACUUUUUACCCUCAAAAGGACCCUCCAUUUGUUCAUUACAAAUCCAAUGCGUUACAAAGCCACAUGCUUUGUAAUGCAUUCUAAAUUCAUUACAUGUAUGCAUUUAUAUAAUUUCUUAUAAGAAGCCAUAUGGAGUCCUUUUAGCAAAAAUAUGUCUAUGUAUAUGUGUUAUGAAUACAUGUGUAGCCUUUAGGCAUUUAAAAAGCCUGCUGAAAGGA